AUGCGUAAUGUAAUCAACGUUGAGCGAUUCAGUUCAUUGCACAAACUUUUUAAAGUUACAGCUUAUGUGUUAAAAUUUAUAAUUAGUCUUGAGCAUCUUAUAAAUAAAGCCAAUAAUCAGACAAAAUCUCUUUGCAUUGCGGAUAUUCGAAAAGCUGAAAUUCUUUGGAUCCGAACCUACCAGUGUGACCUUUCUAACAAAGUGGAAAUUCUGAACAACACUUCAGGUCUCUUCGUCGACGAGGAUAAAGUAGUUCGUUGUAAAGGACGGUUACAAAAUUCAAUACUGCCUUAUAAUGCUAUACACCCAAUUUUGCUACCAAGUGAAUCUUAUUUGUCAGAAUUAUUAAUAUGUCAGGCUCACAAACGAACUCUACAUGCAGGUGUAAAGGAAACUCUCUGCCAAAUAAGGUCAAAAUACUGGAUCCUACGAGGUCGUAAGCUUGUACGCUCAUUGAUAAACAAAUGUUCAUUCUGUAAAAGGUUGUUUGGGGAGGCUUUUACAUCUAAGGUGUCACCACCGUUGCCUCACUAUCGUGUCACUUCAAGUUUUCCUUUCCAGCAUACUGGAGUUGAUUAUUUAGGACCAUUGCACGUUAAACCGAUAUUCGAUGAUAAUUCUACUAAAAUGUAUCCCGUGCACGUAGUGUUAUUUACCUGCGCCACCACCAGAGCCGUUCACCUGGACUUAGUACCUGACUUAUCUGCGAAAUCAUUUGUUCUAUGCUUAAAACGUUUUAUUGGAAGAAGAGGAAUUCCAAAUCUUAUAAUAUCAGACCAUGCCACAUGUUUUAAGAAUGAAGAAGUUAAAUUAAGCGAGGAGCUUUUGUUGUUGGGAAUCGAUUGGAAAUAUAUUAUUGAAGCUGCUCCCUGGUGGGGUGGUUUUUGGGAACGUCUAGUGCAAUCGGUCAAAAAAUCGCUACUCAAGGUUGUAUUUAGAAGUAGCAUCAGAUAUGACGAGCUGGAAACAAUUCUUUGUGAAAUAGAGGGUCUUCUCAACUCAAGACCAAUAACAUACGCUUACCAUGAAGACACUGAGGAAGUUCUUACCCCUUCCCAUUUGAUGCAUGGUCGAAGACUUAUUUCACCUAACGAAACUAAAGGGGCAGAUCUUGACAAGCUUGAAAGUAAGAUUCAGUUAACUAAACGAAUGAAAUAUUUAAAACUGAUACGUGAUCAUUUUUGGGUAAGAUUUACAAGUGAAUAUCUAGUUAAUCUUAGAGAAUUCCACAAGCAGGGAUCCAGUAAGAGUCGAUCGAUUGAACUGGAAGAAAUUGUUGUUAUUCACUCUGAUAUUAAAAGGUACAAAUGGCGAUUAGGAAAAGUAGUGUCACUGAUUACGGGAAGCGAUAACAUAGUUCGUUCUGCAAUAGUAAAAGUCUUAACAGAUAAAACAAACAAACAAAAUUAUAUUAAGCGUCCUAUCGAAAAGCUAUACCCUAUAGAAGUCAAGUCAGUCGAAACAGUAACUGAUACAGAGCUAAACGCCAGCAACGAUGCUGUAGAUGAAAGUAACGAUUUGUCUGAUACGAAAUACGAAAGACCUGUACGAAUAGCAUCAAGAAACGGAAUACUUAUAAGACGCUUAAUGGGACAAUUUUAA